GAGGAGGAUAGCAAUCCACGUUGGAUGAAACGGUUUAAAAGUGGUAGACGUCGGGGCGCCUUUAUCCUUUGCGGUUUGAUGACGUGAACACGAUACGCGAGUGAGAAUUCUUUACCUUCUGAGCGGAAGUAUAAUUUGAUUAAGGUGAGAUUUUUCUCGGCUUUUGACCGUCUUAUUAAGAACAAAUCUAUCGACACAUCUCUAAGCGGGUUACUGGCAAAUUACAGCUGUAAAAUAAAUAACGAGUUGUGCAUAUUUUGAGGAAAUGGAUGAAUAAACUUUUUUGCAAAAAUAGCAUGAAUUCUUCGUCAGCCGGAAGUGGUUUAUUUAAUACUAGAAAUGGAGUUGCUAACAUUUCCACUUGCUGUGGCUAUGAUGAAAACAUUGCAAAGCAUCGGCAUUUAACAGAUUAUCUAUUAAUUUUAUUUUUUUGUGUUGUUAUACUAACGACAGUGAUUGGUAAUACACUUAUUAUAUUUGCUGUAUUUACGACCAGGCGAUUACGAACUGUGACUAAUUGUUUUGUCACUUCUUUAGCUGUAGCCGAUUGGCUUGUAGGAACAUUUGUUAUGCCUAUAGCCGUAGUUUAUCAUUUUAUGGGGAAAUGGGAACUAGGGCGUUUGAUAUGUGAUAUUUGGGUGUCAUUAGAUGUAUGCCUUUGUACAGCGUCCAUACUGAGCUUAUGCGCAAUUUCUAUAGACAGAUAUUUUGCCAUUACUAAACCUUUACGGUAUACGAAAAAAAGAAGAUCUAAAAGACUCGCAUCAUUGAUGAUACUAGUCGUUUGGGUGGUGUCUUUGGUUAUUACUUGCGCUCCAUUAUUUGGAUGGUACGAUGAGAACAGACAUAAAAACAAAAAAUGCGGAUACAAUCAGAAUAAAGGUUACGUUGUAUUCUCAGCUAUGGGAUCGUUUUUCGUACCCCUAGUAGUUGUUGUGUAUGUUUAUUUCAAAAUUUCGUGCGUUAUCGCACAAAGGCAUCAAAAUCUCGAAGCACUCAACGCACCUAAAUUAAAGAUAUCGCACUACAGUCAAGAUUCAAUGGACAUGGACGAGGUUGUACGAAUCAACUUGCGCAGAGGAGACGACUGUCGCGUGUCAUUGAAGCGCGAAAACAAAACUGCUCAAACUCUGUCUAUUGUGGUCGGAGGGUUUAUAGCUUGCUGGUUGUUCUUUUUUGUCGUCUACUUGAUAAACCCGUUCCUACCCGAGGGCACCAUUUCGCCAGCGGUCAUAGCGUGGCUAACUUGGCUAGGUUGGAUGAACUCGGCGAUCAAUCCAUUUAUAUAUGCAUUUGUUAGUCCAGAUUUUAGAAUGGCCUUUUGGAGGUUGACAUGCAGAUAUUGUGCUAAUAAUAAUGAACUCAAUAAUACGAAUGGACCUCAACAUCGUUUGAACAGAUAUGGUCAGUCUUACAGAAAUAAUAUCUAGAUAGUGUAUGUGGAAAUGUCGCCAUGCAAAUAAUCUUUUGUCAAGAUCAAUACUACAAAAGUUUUAAAAAACUUUUGAGCUGGUUUAAAAUUAUUUUUACAAGUCUAGAAAGACGAGUAAAAAAUAAAAUGUCUAAUAGCUUCAAGUCAGAUGAAAAGUAAUUGUAUAGAAUCGAUAUGUACCGAAUCAUGUUGGAUUAAUACCAGUGAGGUACAUAGAUUCGUAGAUUGGGAUUUUAAGGGUAUAGAUGACAUUUGAGUAAUUUAUUUAGGGCGUCUAGAGAAUAAAGGUUCUAACUGAAGUUUUAAUUUAUCAACAAGAAUAGUUGAAUAUAUUAGAAUAUUUUUUAAAUCAAAAUAAAACUAUGUUAAUUGGUUGUUAAGUUAAUCAAAAAUAAUAAAUUCUAAAAAUGCAUUUUUAAUCUUGUGUCAUUUGAGUAGAAGUUGUAUAAUUUAUAACUAUGUAAGAUGAAUAAAUUCCAAACUAUUAUUCCAAUCUUAAAUAUAUUUCUCAUGAGUUUUAUUUUAUUAAAUAGUGUAAUUAUCUUCAUUAUUUAAAAGGGUUUUACAUGUAAUUUUAUUAUGCUCAAGAGUUUUUCAUAUAUUUUUUACUUCCAUUGAUUUAUAUUGAUACACUUUGAAUCAUGUGUAAUUAUUAUAACUUACGAGGCAUAUUACAAGAUGUCAUUAUAAAAAAUAAAUUUUAUUUCUACUUUACGUACAAAUUGAUUUUGAUAUAAUACAUUAAAAACGUGUAUCAAAAUUACUAAAAAAAAUAUUUUUUUUUUUUAAUAUUAUUGUAUUGUUUUAGAACCAUUUAGGCUUACGAAUUUAUCAUAGUUAAUUUUUCACCAUUAUUUUGUUGUAAUAAUGUUUUUAUAAUUUUUGUCUUACUAUAAGUUAUUUGUCUGAUUUGAAAUAUGUUUUUUAUAAUAAGUCAAGUAUGUACAUUAAAAUAAACAUUAAUUUAGAACAAACUAAACCAAUUUCAAGAAACUCGAAGAAAUUAUCGUUUCGUUAUCUCAAGUGAUUAUUGAUAUACCUGAUUUACAAUUAUUAAUCAAAUGUUACAUUGUUUUUAAAAUUUGUCUUUCAAUAUUUGUUGUUUAAUUAUAACAUUGUACAAAUAAAGAUUUUAAAAUAAAAUAAAUAACACUACUAAUUUUA